GGGGCGGGCCCGCCGGGAGCCAGGCCGUGCCGCGCCGGCCGGGAGGGGGCCGGAUCCCGGACCAUGGCGGCGGCGGCGGCGGCGGCGGGCGCCGAGGGGCGGCGCACGGAGCUGGAGGCGGUGGUGACGGCGCCGGAGCGGGGCGGCGGAAGCUGCGUGCUGUGCUGCGGAGACCUGGAGGCCACGGCGCUGGGCCGCUGCGACCACCCGGUGUGCUACCGCUGCUCCACCAAGAUGCGGGUGCUGUGCGAGCAGCGCUACUGCGCGGUGUGCCGCGAGGAGCUGCGUCAGGUGGUCUUUGGGAAGAAGCUUCCUGCCUUUGCCACCAUCCCCCUCCACCAACUGCAGCAUGAAAAGAAGUAUGACAUCUACUUUGCAGAUGGAAAAGUGUUUGCCUUGUACAGGCAGCUGCUGCAGCAUGAGUGCCCGCGGUGCCCAGAGCUGCCACCCUUUAGCCUCUUCGGGGACCUGGAGCAGCACAUGAGGAAGCAGCAUGAGCUCUUCUGCUGCCGGCUAUGUCUCCAACACCUUCAGAUCUUCACAUAUGAACGCAAGUGGUACUCACGCAAGGACCUAGCUCGGCACCGCAUGCAGGGGGACCCUGACGACACAUCACAUCGUGGGCACCCACUCUGCAAGUUCUGCGAUGAGCGCUACCUAGACAAUGAUGAGCUUCUCAAGCACCUGCGCCGUGACCACUACUUCUGCCACUUCUGUGAUGCAGAUGGGGCCCAGGACUACUACAGUGACUAUGCAUACCUGAGAGAGCACUUCCGGGAGAAGCAUUUCCUAUGUGAGGAGGGCCGCUGUAGCACAGAGCAGUUCACGCAUGCUUUCCGCACUGAGAUCGACCUCAAGGCACACAGGACAGCCUGCCACAGCCGGAGUCGUGCUGAGGCCCGCCAGAAUCGCCAGAUUGACCUACAGUUCAUCUAUGCACCACGCCACUCACGCCGGAAUGAGGGGCCAGGGGCAGUGACAGGAUGUCUGCUGGUUGCAGGGGUCAUUGGAGGUGAGGACUACGAGGAGGUGGACAGGUACAGCCGCAUGGGCCGGGUUGGUGCACGUGGAGCCCAGCAGAGCCGCCGAGGAAGCUGGAGGUACAAGAGGGAAGAAGAGGACCGAGAAGUGGCAGCUGUCAUCCGGGCCUCAGUGGCUGCACAGCAACAGGAGGAGACUCGCAGGAGUGAAGACCGGGAGGAGGGCAGUAGGCCCAAGAAGGAGGAGACAGCAGCUCGGGGAUCUGAAGAGCCCCGUGGUCCCCGGCGUAUGCUCCGGACUCAGGGCGAAGGCCCAAGUGCCAGGGAAACCUCAACAAAUGGUCCCUUAAGCCAAGAGACCUUCGCAACAGGAGCUUCCCCCAUGAGCACCCUCCCAUCACCUGCCCCCAAGCUCAAGGAUGAAGACUUUCCCAGUCUCUCUGCCUCCACAUCCUCCUCCUGCUCCACAGCAACAGCCCCAGGCCCUGUAGGGUUGGCGCUCGUGUACCCUAUUCCCAGAGACAGGAACACCUUCCAGGAAGAGGACUUUCCUGCCCUGGUGUCCUCAGGCUCCAAGCCCAGUGCUGCCGCUGCCCCUACCAGCCUCAUCUCUGCCUGGAACAGCAACUGCAGCAAGAAGAUGGUGCAGCCCAGCCCAGCAGCCCAGGCUGCUGGUGGGGGCAGCCAGCCCACCAGGAAGGCUGGGAAGGGGAGCAGGGGCAAGAAGGGUGGCCCACCCGCCACAGAGGAGGAGGAGAGAGGGCAGGAGCUGCGGAGUGUGCACACCAUAGUCUCUGUCUCCUCCCCACUGGGGCCAGCCUCCACCCAGACCUCCACCCAGACCUCCAAAAUCGGCAAGAAGAAGAAGGUGGGCUCUGAGAAGCCCAGUGCCACAUCGCCCCAGCCACUGCCCCUCAGCUGUACCCCAAAGUCCCUUGGGGCUGAGCAGGCCCCUGACAUUCCCACCAGCAGAGCCGAAGGGCCAGUUGGUAUCGUCAAUGGACACGCAGAGGGCCUAUCCCUGGCACGGAGCACCCCCAAGGAACCCCCUGGGCUCCCAAGGCCCCUGGGGCCCCUCCCCUGCCCCACACCCCAAGACGACUUCCCAGCACUAGGUGGCCCCUGCCCACCCCGGAUGCCGCCUCCCCCAGGCUUCAACACUGUGGUGCUUGUGAAGCCUACACCACCCCCACCCCCACCAGGUCUGGCGCCCCCCGUCAGUAAGCCACCCCCUGGCUUCUCAGGGCUCCUGCCCAGCCCCCACACAGCCUGCGUCCCCAGCCCUACCAACACCACAAAAGCGCCCAGGCUACCACCCAUACCACGGGCCUACCUGGUCCCUGAGAACUUUCGGGAGAGGAACCUGCAGCUCAUCCAGUCCAUCAAGGAUUUUUUGCAGAGCGACGAGGCCUGCUUCAGCAAGUUCAAGAGCCACUCGGGGGAGUUCAGACAGGGAGUGAUCUCUGCUGCCCAGUAUUACAAAAGUUGCCGGGACCUGCUUGGGGAGAACUUCCAGAAGAUCUUUAACGAGCUGCUGGUGUUGCUGCCUGACACAGCCAAGCAGCAGGAGCUGCUGUCUGCACAUACUGACUUCCGCAGUCGUGAGAAGCCUCCCAGCACCAAGUCCAAGAAGAACAAGAAGAGUGCAUGGCAGACUGACACCCGGCAGGUGGGGCUGGAUUGUUGUGUGUGCCCUACUUGCCAGCAGGUACUUGCUCAUGGUGAUGUCAGCAGCCACCAGGCGCUGCAUGCUGCCCGGGACGAUGACUUCCCCUCUCUGCAAGCCAUUGCCAGGAUCAUCACGUAGCUCCUGCCGGCAUGGACAGGAGCCAUUACACCUAUGAGCAUCCUUUCUCCUUCCUUGUUCCUCCUGGCUGCCAGGCAGCCAGGUAGUCAGGUGAGGCUGCCUGCUCAGGCCUCUUGGUUGGCCAGGCCUACCAGGGAGUCACCAGGGAGGUCCACCCUGCCCAUCAGCACACUAUUACUCAGAAGUUCCAUCACCUGCCUCAGGAGUGGGCUGGUUUGGUUUGUACUCUCAUGCUUUUGGAAGGUACCAAGGGAGGGUAGGGUUGGGGUGCUGAGACCUGUCCUGUCGUGAAAGUCAGAGGUCACAAUGGCCUGAUCUAGGCCCUCCAGAAUCAGAGGGCUGCUGCAACUGCGGCCCCAAGCCUGAAAGUUGUCCACUGGUGCUGGAGUCAGAUGUCACAUUAGUUGUGUAAACAGUUGGCUGUUCGUGAUUCAAGAAUGUUCAGGAUUAAAAACAGACACAAAAUUGUGCUACUUGAAGUUGAAUCUUUUUAUGAGACAAGCUGAAUCUGGGAAUCUUAAAUUGCCUCUGGCCUUUUAUAAGAUAGUUUAUCUUCAAAUAAAUUUAUUUUGCAAUAC